AUGACUUCGACUUUCGAUGAAGACAAUUUGGAAAGAUUGUCUUUAAAACUCUGCCGAAAGUUAACUAGAUCAACAAAAAUGGAACAGAAAGCUAUCAGAACCCUGGCUAUUGUCCUUGUGGUUUUCUUGGCCUGUUGGUCGCCAUUUUUCUCCCUCAACAUUUCAAACGCCCUCUGCAUAAGGUACGACCACGUAGGGCUUCUCUGCCGUAUAUCGCACCAGGUGAUGCAGGUUUUUGUAUGGCUGGGGUUUCUGAACAGUUUUCUCAAUCCUGUCAUCUACACCAUCUUUAACCAGGAUUUCAGAAGAGCUUUCCAGAAUAUUAUGAAAAAUGUAUUCAGAUGUUGUUGUUGUUAA